GUACUUCUACACUUUUACCGCAGGUUAAAGCGAUCUCCCCGGAACGCGAUUUCGACCGAAGGCACGACCGACAAAGGGGGAAACCGCGGGAAAAACGCGAUUGGGCUAGUUUUGAUUAGAAAUCGGUCUGGUUUGAUUUCGCAGACCUGGCAACCCUGACAACACUGAUAAGGGUUAACGUUGUUUACGAGCGUUUCGGACAUUAUGGGCAAGUUAGCGAUACUCUCGUUAGCUGUUAUUUCUCUGGCAGCAUUCAUCGGAGAAAGGCUCGUUGCACUUAGGCAUUUAUCACUUUCCUCCAGAGAACUAACACAAAACUACCUUCCUAACUGUCACAUAAUAGAGGGCAUAGAGUAUGGGGCUGAAGAUAUCACCAUACUUGAUGGAUUGGCUUUUCUGAGCACUGGCUUGAAGUAUCCAGGCUUACCGUCCUAUUCAGAUGACCCUGGAAAGAUCUACUCCCUGAAUCUGUUGGAUUCUGAUCUGAAAAUUAAAGCACUGAACAUCAAGGGUCAGUUUGACAAGGGCUCUUUUAAUCCACAUGGAAUCAGUGUGUACACCGAUGUAAAAGAUGGUGCCAUAUAUCUGUUUGUUGUUAAUCAUCCUCAAGGCAAAAGCCAAGUGGAGAUUUUCCGAUUUGUUGAGGAUGAAAAUGCUCUUCAAUACAUCAGGACCAUCAGGCAUGAACUCCUGCACAAUGUAAAUGAUAUAGUAGCUGUGGGGACCGAAAGCUUUUAUGCCACCAAUGACCAUUACUUCACUAAUGAGAUUCUCAAGGUUAUGGAGCCACUUCUGUCUUUGUCCUGGUGUGACGUUGUCUACUACACCCCUCAGACUGUGCAGGUUGUGGCAGGGGGCUUUCCAUCUGCCAACGGCAUAAAUAUCUCCCCCGAUAAAAGGCAUUUGUAUGUGUCAGAUAUCCUGAAGCACAAAAUUAGUGUCAUGGAAAUACAGAAAAACACUGUAUUGUCUCAUGUAAAGGAGGUUGAUGUGGGGUCACUGUGUGACAACAUUGAGGUGGACCGUGAAUCUGGAGAUCUGUGGCUGGGCUGCCACCCAAAUGGUCUCAAAUUCAUGCUUAGUGAUCCGAAUGAUCCGCCAGGCUCUGAGGUUAUCAGGAUUGAGAACAUCCUGUCUGAAAAGCCCCAGGUGACUCAGGUAUAUUCAGAUGAUGGCAGUGUGAUCAUUGCUUCCUCAGUGGCAACCCCAUAUGGAGGAAAGCUGCUCAUUGGAACUGUUUAUCAGAAAGCUCUAAUAUGUGACCUUAAAUAGUGAAUAUAAAUAAAUAUUUGACUUGGAUAGGGCA